UCAUAGCCUUUCUCGCUACUACGAACAACCUUUUCGAAGUUUCUAGCGCUGCUGCUGCCGCUGCUGCUGCCACCGCUCAGUUGCGACCGCGAGGCCAUGUCGACCACCGCGGAAGGCGAAGCCCCGGCCGUCGAGCAGCCGCCGCCGGCGGAGGCUCCGGCGCCGGCGCCGGCGACGGAGGCGGAGGAGAAGCCGAAGGAGGCGGAGGCGGCGAAGGAGCCGGUGAAGGAGAAGAAGGCCCGGGCUCCGAGAGAGAGGAAGCCGAGGCCGCCGAAGACCGCCUCGCAUCCUCCCUACUUCCAGAUGAUCAAGGAGGCGAUCCUGGCGCUGAACGAGAAGAGCGGAUCGAGCCCGUACGCGAUCGCCAAGUACAUGGAGGACAAGCACAAGGCCGUGCUGCCGUCCAACUUCAGGAAGACCCUGGCGCUCCAGCUGAAGAACUCCGCCUCCAAGGGGAAGCUGACCAAGGUCAAGGCCUCGUACAAGCUCUCCGAGGCGGGCAAGAAGGAGAGCGCCAAGCCCGCGCCGAGGCCCUCGAGGAAGGCGGCGGAGGCCGCCAAGAAGCCCAAGGAGGCGGCCAUGGCGAAGGCGGCUCCCGUCCCGAGGGCCAAGCGGACGAGGAAGCCGGAGGCGGCCAAGCCCGCGAAGAAGCCGGUGAAGAAGGCGGCGGCUGCGAAGCCGAAGCAGCCCAAGUCCAUCAGGUCUCCCGCUGCGAAGAGAGCCAAGAAGGUAGCUGCUGCUUGAGGAGGUAGGAGCGCGGGGGGACGGGGAAACAGAAUGUAAUGUUAAUUCUGGGCUUUUGUCUUUUUGGUGAGGGAAGAUGCGAAUGUGAAUAUGGGAUAUGGGACGUCGCUGCGUCUGGUAGUUUCUUUCUUCUUCCGUCAAUAAAACCGGGGUUGAUGAAGAAGAUGGUUGUAACUAGGGUUUAAAGAAGAGUUUGUCUGAUGUUUACCGAAUGGUGAUAGCUAAAGCUUUUAAUCCUUUGCUUUGA